AUGACGGACUCCCACAUGGCCGAGUUUGGGGCUGCUGCCCCUUACCUGCGCAAGUCAGACAAGGAGCGGCUGGAGGCCCAAACCCGCCCCUUUGACCUGCGGGUCGAGUGCUUUGUACCUGACGACAAAGAAGAGUUCAUUAAGGCCAAGAUCACUGCCCGGGAGGCCGGCAAGGUCACUGUGCAGACUGCAAACGGCAAGACAGUGACAGUGAAGGAGGAUCAAAUCAUGCAGCAAAACCCGCCCAAGUUUGACAAGAUUGAGGACAUGGCCAUGCUGACCUUCCUCCAUGAGCCGGCUGUCCUCUACAACCUCAAGGAACGCUAUGCCGCCUGGAUGAUCUACACCUACUCAGGGCUGUUCUGCGUGACCAUCAACCCCUACAAGUGGCUGCCGGUGUACAAUGCAGAGGUGGUGGGUGCCUAUCGGGGCAAGAAGAGGAGUGAAGCCCCGCCCCACAUCUUCUCCAUCUCUGACAAUGCCUACCAGUACAUGCUGACAGACCGAGAAAACCAGUCCAUCCUCAUCACCGGAGAAUCCGGGGCGGGGAAGACAGUGAACACCAAGCGGGUCAUCCAGUACUUUGCCAGCAUCGCCGCCAUUGGUGACCGCAAGAAAGAGGCUGCCAGCGCCAACAAGGGGACACUGGAGGAUCAAAUCAUCCAGGCCAACCCUGCCUUGGAGGCCUUUGGUAAUGCCAAGACCUUGAGGAAUGACAACUCAUCCCGAUUUGGCAAAUUCAUCCGGAUCCAUUUUGGGGCAACAGGGAAGCUGGCCUCUGCAGAUAUUGAGACCUACCUACUGGAGAAAUCCCGGGUCAUCUUCCAGCUCAAGGCUGAGAGGAAUUACCACAUCUUCUACCAGAUCCUGUCCAACAAGAAGCCAGAGCUACUGGAGAUGAUGCUGAUCACCAACAACCCCUAUGACUACAACUAUGUGUCCCAGGGGGAAGUGACUGUUGCCUCCAUUGAUGAUGCUGAUGAGCUGAUGGCCACUGACAGUGCCUUCGAUGUGCUGGGCUUCCUGGCUGAGGAGAAGGUUGGCGUCUACAAGCUGACGGGUGCCAUCAUGCACUAUGGCAACAUGAAAUUCAAGCAGAAGCAGCGGGAAGAACAGGCUGAGCCUGAUGGCACUGAGGAUGCGGACAAGUCAGCCUACCUCAUGGGGCUCAACUCAGCCGACCUGCUCAAAGGGCUGUGCCACCCCCGGGUCAAAGUGGGCAACGAGUAUGUCACCAAGGGGCAGAAUGUCCAGCAGGUGUACUACUCUAUUGGGGCCCUGGCCAAAUCCGUCUAUGAGAAGAUGUUCACCUGGAUGGUCAUGAGGAUAAACAACUCUCUGGAAACCAAGCAGCCGCGGCAGUACUUCAUUGGUGUGCUGGACAUCGCUGGCUUUGAGAUCUUUGAUUUCAACAGCUUUGAGCAGCUUUGCAUCAACUUCACCAAUGAGAAGCUGCAGCAGUUCUUCAACCACCACAUGUUCGUGCUGGAGCAGGAGGAAUACAAGAAGGAGGGCAUUGAGUGGGAGUUCAUUGACUUCGGCAUGGACCUUCAGGCCUGCAUUGACCUCAUUGAGAAGCCCAUGGGCAUCAUGUCCAUCCUGGAAGAGGAGUGCAUGUUCCCCAAGGCCACUGACAUGACCUUCAAGGCCAAACUGUUUGACAACCACUUGGGCAAAUCAGCCAACUUUGGGAAGCCACGCAAUGUCAAGGGGAAGCCGGAGGCGCACUUCUCUCUUGUCCAUUAUGCCGGCACUGUCGACUACAACAUCAUUGGCUGGCUGCAGAAGAACAAAGACCCCCUCAAUGAGACUGUGGUGGGGCUCUACCAGAAAUCUGCCCUCAAGCUCCUCGCUACCCUCUUCUCCAACUAUGCCAGUGCAGAUGCUGUUAGCGAAGGAGGGAAAGGAAAAGGCUCCAAGAAGAAAGGAUCCUCUUUCCAGACAGUCUCGGCACUGCAUCGGGAGAACCUGAACAAGCUGAUGACCAAUCUGAAGACAACCCAUCCCCACUUUGUGCGCUGCAUUAUCCCCAAUGAGCGGAAGGCACCUGGGGUGAUGGACAACCCACUGGUGAUGCACCAGCUGCGUUGCAACGGUGUGCUGGAAGGCAUCCGUAUCUGCCGCAAGGGCUUCCCCAACCGCAUCCUCUAUGGGGACUUCAGGCAGAGGUACCGUAUCCUGAACCCCAUGGCCAUCCCCGAGGGGCAAUUCAUCGACAGCCGCAAAGGGGCUGAAAAGCUGUUGUGUUCCCUUGAUAUUGACCACAACCAGUACAAGUUUGGGCACACCAAGGUAUUCUUCAAGGCUGGGCUGCUGGGGCACCUGGAGGAGAUGCGGGAUGAGCGCUUGGCCCGGAUUAUUACCCGGCUACAGGCCCAGGCACGGGGCCAGCUCAUGCGCAUCGAGUUCAAGAAGAUCGUGGAACGCCGGGAUGCCCUGCUGGUGAUCCAGUGGAACAUCCGGGCCUUCAUGGGGGUGAAGAACUGGCCCUGGAUGAAGCUGUACUUCAAGAUCAAGCCACUGCUGAAGAGUGCAGAGACAGAAAAGGAAAUGCAGACUAUGAAGGAGGAAUUUGGGCGCCUGAAGGAGGCACUGGAGAAGUCGGAGCAGCGGCGCAAGGAGCUGGAGGAGAAGAUGGUUUCCCUGCUCCAGGAGAAGAAUGACCUCCAGCUGCAAGUCCAGGCAGAGCAGGACAACCUGAAUGAUGCUGAGGAGCGCUGUGACCAGCUGAUCAAAAACAAGAUCCAGCUGGAAGCCAAGGCAAAGGAGCUUACAGAGCGGGUAGAGGAUGAGGAGGAGAUGAACGCUGAGCUGACAGCCAAGAAGAGGAAGCUGGAAGAUGAGUGCUCAGAGCUCAAGAAGGAUAUUGAUGACCUGGAGCUGUCCCUGGCCAAGGUGGAGAAGGAGAAGCAUGCAACAGAGAACAAGGUCAAGAACCUCACAGAAGAGAUGGCUGGGUUGGAUGAGACCAUUGCCAAGCUGACUAAAGAGAAGAAGGCUCUGCAGGAGGCCCACCAGCAAGCUCUGGAUGACCUGCAGGUGGAGGAAGACAAAGUCAACACCUUAAGCAAAGCCAAAGUGAAGCUGGAGCAACAGGUGGAUGAUCUGGAAGGUUCCCUGGAGCAAGAGAAGAAGAUGAGGAUGGACCUGGAACGGGCCAAGAGGAAAUUGGAAGGGGAUUUGAAGCUUUCCCAGGAGAACAUCAUGGACCUGGAGAAUGACAAGCAGCAGCUGGAGGAGAAGCUCAAAAAGAAGGAGUUCGACAUCAACCACCUGAACAGCAAGAUUGAAGAUGAGCAAGCACUGGCCCUGCAGCUCCAGAAGAAGCUGAAGGAGCAUCAGGCGCGCAUUGAGGAGCUGGAGGAGGAGCUAGAGGCAGAGCGCACAGCCCGGGCCAAGGUGGAGAAGCUACGCUCAGAGCUGUCGCGGGAACUGGAGGAGAUCAGUGAGCGACUGGAGGAGGCAGGUGGUGCCACCUCAGUGCAGAUCGAGAUGAACAAGAAAAGGGAGGUGGAGUUCCAGAAGAUGCGGCGAGACCUGGAGGAGGCGACGCUGCAGCACGAGGCCACGGCCGCCACACUGCGCAAGAAGCACGCUGACUCGGUGGCCGAGCUGAGUGAGCAAAUCGACAACCUGCAGCGUGUCAAACAGAAGCUGGAGAAGGAGAAGAGCGAGCUCAAGCUGGAGCUAGACGAUGUCAGCUCCAACAUGGAGCAGCUCCUCAAGGCCAAGGUGGGAACAGAGAAGCUGUCCCGAACCCUGGAGGACCAGGCAGCUGAAUACCGGUCCAAGCUGGAAGAGACACAGCGGGUGCUGAAUGACACCAGCACCCAGAAGGCCAAGCUACAGACGGAGAAUGCGGAGCUCUCCCGCCAGCUAGAGGAGAAAGAGGCAUUGAUCUCCCAGCUGACCCGAGGCAAGCAGUCCUACACCCAGCAGAUGGAGGAUGUGAAGAGGCAGAUGGAGGAAGAAGUCAAGUCCAAGAACGCACUGGCGCACGCCCUGCAGUCGGCUCGACACGACUGCGACCUGCUGCGGGAGCAGUAUGAGGAGGAGAUGGAGGCCAAGGCUGAGCUCCAGCGCUCACUCUCCAAGGCCAACUCCGAGGUGGCCCAGUGGCGGACCAAGUACGAGACUGAUGCCAUCCAACGCACCGAGGAGCUGGAGGAGGCCAAGAAGAAGCUGGCGCAGCGGCUGCAGGAGGCGGAGGAAGCGGUAGAAGCCGUCAAUGCCAAGUGCUCUUCACUGGAGAAGACCAAACACCGGCUGCAGAAUGAGAUUGAGGACCUGAUGGUGGAUGUGGAGCGCUCCAAUGCUGCCGCUGCUGCCCUGGACAAGAAGCAGCGCAACUUCGACAAGAUCCUGGCUGAGUGGAAGCAGAAGUUUGAGGAGUCCCAGACAGAGCUGGAGACCUCACAGAAAGAGUCCCGGUCACUCAGCACCGAGCUCUUCAAGCUCAAGAACGCCUACGAGGAGUCUCUGGAGCACCUGGAGACCUUCAAGAGGGAGAACAAGAACCUCCAGGAGGAGAUCUCGGACCUGACAGAGCAGCUUGGCGAGGGCGGAAAGAGCCGGCAGGAGCUGGAAAAGGCACGAAAACAGCUGGAGGCCGAAAAGCUGGAGCUACAGGCGGCAUUGGAGGAAGCUGAGGCCUCCCUGGAGCAUGAGGAGGGGAAGAUCCUGCGGGCCCAGCUGGAGUUCAACCAGUUCAAGGCAGACUUUGAGCGCAAGCUGGCCGAGAAGGAUGAGGAGAUGGAGCAGGCCAAGCGCAACCACCUGCGGGUGGUGGACUCACUCCAGGCCUCACUGGAUGCUGAGACACGCAGCCGCAAUGAGGCACUACGGGUAAAGAAGAAGAUGGAGGGCGACCUCAAUGAGAUGGAGAUCCAGCUCAGCCAUGCCAACCGCAUAGCCGCUGAGGCACAGAAGCAAGUCAAGGUGCUUCAGGGCUACCUCAAGGACACCCAGCUGCAGCUGGAUGAUGUGAUGCGAGCCAAUGAGGACCUGAAGGAGAACAUUGCCAUCGUGGAGCGGCGCAAUAACCUGAUGCAGUCAGAGCUGGAGGAGCUGCGGUCUGUGGUUGAGCAGACGGAGCGGGCUCGCAAGCUGGCCGAGCAGGAGCUCAUUGAGGCUAGUGAAAGGGUCCAGCUCCUGCACUCCCAGAACACCAGCCUGAUCAAUCAGAAGAAAAAGAUGGAGGUGGACUUGGCCCAGCUGCAGACGGAGGUGGAGGAUGCCAUCCAGGAGUGCCGGAAUGCUGAGGAGAAGGCCAAGAAAGCCAUCACUGAUGCGGCCAUGAUGGCAGAGGAGCUGAAAAAGGAGCAGGACACAAGUUCCCACUUGGAGCGGAUGAAGAAGAACAUGGAGCAGACCAUCAAGGACCUGCAGCUGCGGCUAGACGAGGCUGAGCAGCUGGCCCUCAAGGGUGGCAAGAAGCAGCUGCAGAAGCUGGAGGCCCGGGUGCGGGAGCUGGAGAACGAGCUGGAGGCUGAGCAGAAGCGCAACGUGGAGAGCAUCAAGGGCCUGCGCAAGUCAGAGCGGCGCAUCAAGGAGCUCACCUACCAGACAGAGGAAGACAAGAAGAACCUGAUGAGGCUCCAGGACUUGGUGGACAAGCUCCAGCUCAAGGUCAAAGCUUACAAGCGACAGGCUGAGGAGGCGGAGGAACAAGCCAACACCAACCUGGCCAAGUUCCGAAAGGUUCAACAUGAGCUGGACGAGGCUGAAGAGCGGGCCGACAUCGCCGAGUCCCAGGUCAACAAGCUCCGGGCCAAGAGUCGUGACAUUGGGGUCAAGAAGCUCCAUGAUGAGGAAUGAGAGGCCCAGUUGUCAGGAUCGUGGCCACAACCCCCACCCUGGGAGCCCUGUUCCCUGGGCCCACCAGGAUGGGGCUUAGCAAUGUAGAAUGGAUAGAGCAGUGUGAAUAAAGCCGAAC